AUGCAGUACAUUGGCGCUGUGCACGACGGUCCGGAGGCAAUUGAGACACUGCAGUUCUUCAGUGUUUUGCUGCUCAGUCAGCUGGCAGCUAUGUCUGAAGUGGAUGCAUACCAUCGCUUUUGGCCCUGGAACGUAGUGGCUGCUUUUUCACCUUGUGCUGUUCCGGCAUUGCUCUCUGAGAUGAAAGAUGCUUGGGUCUUUUGCACAGGGUUCGUGGAUGUCCUGCCAAGCACAGACAAGCUCCAUACGUGGUUUUCCUUCACGAGGUACCAAAGUUUCCGAGAUGUCUUCGUGAAAGCUGAGAAGCUCAGCCUCGGAACCUUCAGUGCAACUUCCAUGCAUUUUGCCUUCGACGCGUCCAAAAUGGACACGGACGCCGCACAUGCCUUCAAACGUGUGAUCAGACAAGCUGCAGGCCUUAGCUUGAAGGAUACUAGAGGUGAAACUCUCAUGUCGUCUCUUUUCAGCGAGCUAUGCUUCAAUGAUCUCCGAGAUUGUUCUCGUCGACAUCAGAAGAAGGAGCGGACAGUGCCUGUGAACCUGCACUCUGCUGUCAUCAGAUCCUUGAUGAAGAAGUCUGGUGGAUGCAAGACUCUGGACUUGGAAGCCAGUGAUUGGAGUUCCCCUUUGCCUCAUGCCGCAGCAGCAGUGAAAGCCUCUGUUCAUUCAGCGACCCGUGCCUCGGACUCUUCUCUUGGUUUGAACUGCGUGGGGUUGACAAAGAACAAGACGAACAAGCAGCUCACGAAGCCUCAUGUGCUGAUGAGCCGCUUUCAGUUGUUCAAGCUGAUGGCCGGAGUUUGGAAAAGCACCCCAGGAGAUUCGGAAGCCAAAUCCGAUGCCGUACGAGAUGCCAUCAAGAAGCUUUGGUUGUGCAGACUCUUGCAACCGCAUGUUUUUGUCCAAAUCCAAGGCCAUGAGGUGGAGGCCAAUGAGCGUUGGCUGGUCCUUUCUGCUGGUCCCAACUGCUUGAAAGUUGUGAAGGUCAAGUCGAGUCCUCAAGAGGAAGAGAUUUACCACUUGACAGAAAAGUCCUACGAAACUGGCUGCAAGAGUAUCCUUGUACCGAGUGUUGACAGUGUGCAGGUCGCCGUGGUGACAGCGGUGCUUGGUCAGGAGCAUUUAGGAUGGAAGCAAGACGGGGAGUGGCUUUGCCUUGCAGAAUAUGUGGCUGCGCACAUGGUGACCGACCUCCCGUGCAAUCUGCUGACAUGUCUGAUGUCGGCCAUGGGUUUGAAAGGCAUCUACAAACUUUCGCAUCCUUUGAAAGUCGAGCUCUUCCUGAAGCACUUAGGCCGAAGUGAUGCAGACAUUGCCUUGGUCCUGUCAGAGCUGAAAGUUCGCACCAGACAGAAAAAGGAAGAAAAGGACGAAAGGAAGCAGGCAGCAGGUGAGCACGACAAAGAGCUUGCCGAGGUUGAUGCCCGUGGUGAGUUCUGCGAUCCUGAUGAGAACGUUGGUGCGGCACCUGCGGACGUUGCUGUUGGCGUCCCCGCUGCAGAAACGGAGGAAAAGAAUGCGGAGGCCAUGAACGUUGACCAGGCUGAAGAACGCGUGAAGAUGGACCUCAUGCUCCAGCUCAACCUCGUGGAGCGGUUGUUGAACAAGCCGGUCCAAAGAGGCUGCAGUGGCUUGCAUGUCUUCUUGGGCAUGGAGUUGGUGGCACAGUCUUUCGGACGAUCAGCGCAGUGCUGUGCGAUCGGUGUCAACUGCCAAAAGGGCCAGUAG